UCAGUUGAAUUUUAGACCUCAACGAGUAUAAAACAUUGCGUGGUUAUAUUAUUUCUUCUAGUUUGUAAAACAAACAUAAAAUACAGCUAUAAAAAAAAACAGAAAAACAAGUUAAAGCCAAAGUAAUAAUCAAUUAAAAAAACAAAAAAUUCUUAAAAGUAAUAAAUAGCUAACAUAAAAAAAACGGUUUAGUGAAAAAGUCCUUGAAGAAAAUCUGUGAUAUUUGUAAUUUUGUGUUGUUUAAAUAAUAAAAAAAAAAUAUGCCUCCUACCGGUAUUUCUCUGGAUGAAGCUGAUCAUCAUCAUGAUUAUAAAUCAUAUUUUGAACAUACACACAGUAAUGGCAAUGGUGUGCAAGAGGAUGAGGAAGAUGAUAUGUAUGCUGAAGUUCGUAAACAUACCAGAUAUUCCGAUGGCACAGUUAAACUACGUAAUUCCAAUAUUGAACUUAUGGAUCAGGAUAUUUUAUAUCAUUUGGCUUUGGGCAGUGAGUCGCACGAUUUGCAUGAAAUGUUUGGUGACGUCAAGUUUGUUUGCAUGGGCGGGACACCAAAGCGCAUGGAAAACUUUGCACAUUUCAUAAUGAAUGAAAUCGGCUAUAAACUACCAGCGGGCACAAUGUUGCAGGACAUUAGCGCCUACUCGUACCGUUAUUCCAUGUACAAAGUUGGUCCAGUACUUUGCGUCAGUCACGGCAUGGGAACGCCCUCUGUGAGCAUUUUAAUGCAUGAAAUGAUUAAACUCAUGUAUCAUGCCAAGUGCCAUGAUCCCGUUUUCAUACGCAUUGGCACUUGUGGUGGUAUUGGUGUUGAGGGUGGCACUGUCAUCAUAACCGAGGAUGCCCUGGAUGGUCAACUAAGAAAUUCCCAUGAAUUUACUAUUUUGGGUGAAACCGUACAUCGUCCCGCAAAAUUGGAUAAAAAACUGGCCAGAGAACUUAAAUCAUUAUCGAGUCAAGAUGAUCCCUAUGACACAAUUAUAGGCAAAACUUUGUGCACCAAUGAUUUCUAUGAGGGUCAAGGCCGUUUGGAUGGCGCCUUUUGUGAAUUUAGUGAAGCCGAUAAAAUGGCCUAUUUGGAAAAGUUGCGUGAGCAUGGUGUGGUGAAUAUUGAAAUGGAAAGCACCAUUUUUGCAGCUCUCACCUAUCAUGCUGGCAUUAAAGCUGCUGUGGUGUGUGUGGCAUUGCUUAAUCGUCUCAAUGGUGAUCAGGUCAAUGCCCCCAAAGAAGUGAUGAAUGAAUGGCAGGAACGUCCUCAAAUUCUGGUGGCACGUUACAUACGCAAAGUAUUAGCCCAAAAGGGCCAAUUGAAAAACUUUUUCGGUCAACAAGGUUCCAUUAAAUCACCCAGACGUUUCAAAUUGGUGCAACAAGAAUCUCAAGCUCAUGAAUAAAUUAUGAAUUGCCACAAACAAAACAAAAAC